GAGAAGAAAGGCCCAUGGGCCCUUGUCCUUUUGGGCUUUUUCUAAUCUCAUUGGACUCUACUUAUGGGCAAAAUAUCGGCUUAAAAGCUUUGAAUCACUUCGAACGGUUCCCUCGUAAGAUAAUUAAAAAAAAAAUUUCAUCAAAGAUAUUCAUCUAUCAACAUUAACAUGUUGAACAUCUCUAGACCUCAUUGAUUGUUACAUCUGCUUAUCUUUAUAUAUUUGCUUCACUUGAAAGAGCUCUGUAUUCACUGUAUUUUCUUCUAUUUUUAUACAGAUUUUUGAAUGCGGUUUAGUUCAUAGGACAGUAGAUGUUGACUAUCCUAGUUAUAUUCAAUGUGGGUAGGUCAAGAAUAUUAUUUUCAUUUAAAAAAAACAGGAACUUUCUUGCAUUAGAUGGUGGCGCGCACCUGAAAUAGGACUUUGUGAGAGAUAUAAUGGUGAUAAAAUCGAUAUAUGGUCUACCGGUUGUAUAAUGGCAGAACUCAUCCUGCUUCGACCAAUUUUUCGAGGAACAAGUUAUAUUGAUCAGUUAGACAAAAUAUUUGAUAUUAUCGGUACACCAGACUUAGCAAUAUUAAAUGAUACAUGCACACCAACUACAACUGCUUAUAUUAGCCUAUUGCCAUCAAAAACAAAAAAAGACUAUAAUGAAUUGUUUGGAUUCAAAUAUGAUCCAGUAACAAACACAUUAAUAUCAGGUGUAUCACCAGAAGGUAUUGAUUUCCUUGAUUAUCUGUUAACUUUUGAUCAUCGUACACGUCCAACUGCUGAAGAUGCUUUAUCUCAUCCAUUCUUGAAGACUUUCCACGAUCCCAUGGAUGAACCAACUAAUGAAUUUUUAGUUGAUGAACAUCAGGCUAAAAUAUAUAGUACGGCAGAAUGGAAAUCAAUAAUAUGGCAAAUGAUAGAAGGGUUUGUACCACCAUCUUGGAUUAAUGAUAAAGACGAUAUUGCUGAUGAUUGA